AUUUAAAGGGACUAUAGGCAAGUUUUACAGCCAGAACAUGUAUAGAAAUAAAACAUUUCUUCUUAAAACAUUCUCCUGCAAUGCCCUGGUUCUGUAGAAUGAGCCCUGGCAUUUUACUGUGAUUGUCUCUAUAGGUCUUUAAAAUCAAAAAUAAGAUUUUGCUCGGGUCCAGCAGGCAGGCUUCCCCCGGGUCUUCCUGGGUCUUCCAGAGGCAGCGUAAUGCGUGAUGACGUCAUGCGCGUUCACGCUCAGACCUAUCCCCGCAGCGUUUGUUUACUAGCGAUAGCUUAGCGGCAGAGCGAGAGGUGGUUUAGCUAGCAUGGAUUCAGCAAAGAACAAGAAGAGAGCUGCUUCAAGCACUAGCGGAACUCCAGCCCAGACCCCAAACAAGUCAAAGAAACCAAGAAGAGUGUAUUCCAGCGCAGGUAAACGGGCAAAACUCGAGUAUGAUCGCCGAAUGCAACGAACGAGGAUAAAUAUCGGUCCAGCAUUUGAGGAGUGGAAAAUGCUGAGAAAGUCUCUCAGGAUGAAAACACACCCGCAGCUGGCAUCAUUUUUGCUGAAAAGUUAUGAGAAGCACGCUUCAUCAAAGGGACCACUUACAUCAACACCACGUGGGCCAUCUACAGCAGUGUUUGCAGGUCCUUGUCGCCCCAGUUCAGUAACUGCAGGGGAAUCUGAUAGGGAUGACUUCCAGAUCGCAGGAGUUGAACCUCUAAAAGCAGAUCAAGAGGUAGAAUUGUUGGAGGAAAGCAUCAAAUCGAUGGAGCUGAAAGUGGACUAUUUAGAAGAGGAAAGAGCCAAUAGUUUGGAAAACAGUUUAUUAGAGUUUGAAGGAGAAGGAGCUUUAGACCCGUAUGACUCAGAUUAUGUACCUCCAAUAUCAAUAAGGUGUGUCUCACAGGAUGAAGUUGACCAACUUCCUAGCAUUGGCCUGGAUGAAGCUGUAUUUGACAUUGCUGAUUGUGUGGAGGCAGAUUUGGAAGAGAAUUUAGAAGCACCAUCAGCAGCAUCCAUUCCAGUUUUCCCAAUACACGAUCAAGUGCUUGUUGAAAGUGACCUCAUAAACCAACAAGCGUGCAUAGCAUACAGCAAAAGCUUGCUCCAGAUGGCCAAUUUCCUCCAACUGCCUCUCAGUAAAUGCCACUACAGUGACCACAGCACAGGCACAUAUUGUGAUGGCCAUCCUCCUUUUCAUGUAAAGUCACGUCCGAGAGUUUUGCCCACGUGGACAUAAAUUAUGGAGUUGGAACAGCCAGCCAAAGCUGAAAUAUGGGAUGCAAGGAGGAGAUUUCAUGUUGUCAACAAACAUUCUGCUGUCAGGGAACAACUUCUCCAAGAUCGCUCUCCUGUUCAGAUUCAUGAAUAUCCGCAUGGUGACAUCCAAAUCCUUCUACUCAGUCCAGGGUACCUACUGUUUAAAAUCAAUACAGCAGUUUUGGGAGGAGAAGAGGAAUGCCAUCAUCAAGAAACUGCAGUCAAAAGACCGCGUGGUUGCUCUUGGUAACUAAAUAUGUUUACUUGUAAAGGCUCAUAUUCAUUACAUGCUUAUAUUUCUGUGUUUCUUUUUUAGCUGACGGGAGGAUGGACUCUCCAGGUCACUCAGCAAUGUGCUGUACAUACACAACGAUGGAUCUAGACACCAUGGACAUCAUCAGUGUUGUCAAUGUGGACAAAAGAUGGGUUGGCUAUAAAAGUGGGGUCAUGGAGAAGGCUGCCUUUAUACAGACAUUUGACAGUCUCACAAAGGAGGUGAACAUCAAGGAGAUUGUGACUGAUGCCCAUGUACAAAUUGCUGCCCUCAUGCGUAAGAUUUUCACAAAACUUCAGAGUUUUUACUGGUAAUUGGAAACCAGAUUGUUAAAAGACUGUUUUUAAUUUUUUCUGACCAGAUCCAGAA